AGUAGGCCUCCGUCAUAGCCGCAUCAAAGACGUGCAGCGAGCGAAUUGAAGGUCAUGGCACCGCGUCGUCACCUGGGGCAAGUCCAGGGCUUCGAAGAGGCCGGAAUAACACGCUGCUGCGUUCCCUCGGGAGAAUGCCUUCGCGCCCAGCAGCAGAUGAACAACAACGACCACAUGAUCAUCUCACUGGAUGACCUGCGGGACACCGUCCGCGUGACCUGCAACAACGAAAUGUGCGUCUCCGGGAGGUAUAUGCACAGAGAGUGCUUCGAACAGUGGGAGCAGUCGGUGCUCGCCUAUCUCAAGACCUGCGGAAGGGCCAGGUCGUGGUCUGAGAGGCAGAGACACCAGAACUUGUGGACGAAAAAGGGGUAUGACCUCGCGUACAAAGCGUGCGGGUGCAAGUGCGGUCGUGGGCACCUCAAAAAGGACUUGGACUGGAUGCCGCCGCCUCCCACCAGCAAUAUCUUCGGAAGAAUCGAGGAAGUAGACGUCGGGAAGAAGAAGAAGAGGAGAAACAGGAACGCCAGGCCUAGUCUGGCGAUUUCUACGAAUCAUGCUUUGGGGAUGGACGUCAGAGCUCGAGCCGGGAGUCUGUCAUGCUCGAGCACCGGGUCGUCAAGCCCCCCAACUUCGGGGAGCGAGCCCAGUAUCUCCCCCGUGCACGCACACGCGAAAAAGAAGAGCAAGGUAGACGUGCCCGAUAGAAUCCG